AUGAACAGAAUACCGGAUUUCACCAGCCUCAUCUCCUCUCCCCCAUUCACCUUCCUCGUCGGCAAAGAACACACAAAACUAACCAUUCAAUCCGGCCUCGCCAAACAUGUCUCCAGACCUCUGGAUGAUCUCAUGAACAAUGGCCACACGCGGGAAUCAAAACAUCGCAUUGCCGUGCUAGAAGACGAGGAGGUCGAGGUCUUUACUGCUUUCACUCAAUAUGCAUACACGGGCAAUUACACCGUGCCAGUGCACAAGACGGAAUCGUCGACUGAGACGUCUUCGGCAGUGACUACUGCACCUGCACCUCCACCUGCAGCUUCGCCUCGUUCCGGCUCUGGUUCAAGUGGUGGUAGAUCAAAUACGCCAAAUGGCCAUGUCCUACAUGACGAGCAGCAGCAAUCACAAAACAUUAAUGCAGCGCGAACUCAAUCAUCGGCUUCAUUUCUGCCUCCGCCAGCUCCGACACCACCUCCAUUCGUUGAUCAGAUCGAUGCCAGACCGUCUCUUCGCAGAUAUGCGGAAACACCAUUGGCAAUUACCCAGACAGCGGGUAUCGAUGAUCAAUGGGAGAAUCCAUUCGCACAUCCCGCCGAACAUCCACCACAGCGGAAUGGGCCGUCACUUCGAGGGAAUACACCCCCGGUCGAGAACAAGAGAGAGGUGGUAGUUAUACAAGAUAGACCACAGCCGCCACCUGAGGAAGAGAUCGAACCUGCCUUCCCGCUUUCCAGACGACAUAGCAGAAAGGACAAAAAGAAGAAGCGCAAGGAUACAGUCGUGGCUGCGAAUGGCUUUGAAGAGAUGGCCCCAAAGAGCUUGACGCCCCCGACUACGCCGCCUUUUGACAUAGGGGAUGGCCAGGACCAGGAAGGGACGCCGAAAGUUAGCAAGCCAGUCAUCCGUGACUAUGAUCCGGACUGCGCCAUUGAGACGGAUACAGGUGACGAUGGUGACAUUGAGGGGGAGGAUGGCGACUGGUGGGACCAGCCUGCGCCCUCUCAGAAUUUCUCGAGGCGGCGAGAUUACGAGGACAAGCUGUCUAAUACCCGCAGGCUACAUUCGGAAAACCAACAGCAGCCCCCAUCACCACCACGUCUCUCACCACAACAGCAUGCAAUGCCAUUGAUUGAUACAUCCUUUGCCAGCCACCCCAUGUCGUCCACUCCACGCAAGAAAGGUGUAAAAUCCUUCAAUGAAUUCGCAUCAAUCGAUUACUUCCAUCAAGAACACAGCGAAGGGUCUGGCGUGACUACCCCAACCCCGCUCCAGACAUUCAUUGUCCCCUAUAUCCUUUUCCAUGCCAAAGUCUACGUCUUUGCUACACGCUACCUGAUCCCGGGCCUCGCCCAACUGUGUCUCCAGAAAUUACACACCUCACUAGUCGACUACCCCCUCGACCCACCCGCCGACAACGACGACGAUCUCAACAGCCAGCACGCCCUGAAUCACCACAUACCAGAUAUGGAAUCCCUCUACUUCAACGCACACGCCAGAAUGUUCCUCGACAUCUUGAAGUAUACAUACGAAAAUACGACGCGCUUUGAGCCCGAGUCCCAGACAUCCGCAACGCUGCUACGGGAAUGCGAGUUGCGUAAGCUGGUUGCUCAGUACGCGGCAUGCAAAAUGCGUGAGUUGGCGGUGUAUACGCCUGAACCUAUCCCCGUGCCUUCUUCGCCCAGUCAUGGUCCGGGAUCGGGAGUUAGUACUAUUACAGCUCCAGGUGGUGGGUUGAGAGAGCUUUUGGAUAAGAUUCCGGAACUUGCUUCUGACUUAGUUUUCCUUAUGAUGUGA